AGGCAAAGCCUUGUGAGACUUGGGAAAGGCCAACCCUACGAGUGGGGGAAGUGGGAGAAUGUGGUGUGGUUCCAGUGGGAAGCACGCAGGGACACCGGUGAACGGCGCCUCGUGACUUGGCAUAGCUCUUGGACACAUUUUCGGGGUGGCUUUAAAAUCCAGUCAUCGGUGAGAGGCGGAGAGAUGGCUAAAUUGACCCAGUUAAUUGACAAUGAAGUUUUCCGGGCUUAUGCUACUUAUGCAACUAUCGUUCUUCUAAAAAUGAUGCUAAUGAGUCUUAUAACAGCAUACUUCAGAAUCACAAGAAAGGCAUUUGCCAACCCAGAAGAUACAGCAUCAUUUGGUAAAGGCGAGAGUGCUAAAAAGUAUCUGCGGACCGAUGCAGAUGUCGAACGUGUACGCAGAGGCCACCUGAAUGACCUUGAAAAUAUUGUCCCAUUUCUUGGCAUUGGACUGCUGUAUGCUCUCAGCGGCCCUGAGCUGUACACAGCCUUGCUGCAUUUCAGGAUCUUCGCUGGGGCUAGGAUCGCUCACACUUUCGCGUACUUGAUCCCUCUUCCCCAGCCUGGCAGAGGUUUGUCUUGGGCAGUUGGGUAUGCAGUGACCAUCUCAAUGGCAUACAAAGUGCUGAAGACAGCGUUGUACCUGUAGCAGAGUCAUAGCUUCUGUGUACCAUUUGACAUUCCACGCAAAGCUUCCAGAAAUGUAUGUUGAUGUUUUGAAUGAGUUGUUCAUGGUCACUGGAAUUCAUUUUUUUUUAACAGAGGCUUUUCAUUCCUGUUCAGAAACAUUUCUUUUUGGAGGAAAAAAAAUCCUGCUCCCUGUGUUCCCUAUUCAUGGAGUGCAUUGCCAAAAUGUUAGAUUGAAUGUUCCCUUUGCGAUUUGUCAAGUGCUUACGAUUCUAAACAUGCAAUGAUGCUGUAUUGAUAGUAUGUGUGGUAAUUUUCUACAGAUGCACUAUUUUUGGCUGUAGCUCUGAAGUCUAAAUCAAUAAAGACA